CGGAUUACUGCAUGCCCGGAAUGACCGGGUUCGAGCUGCUUAAGAAAAUCAAGCAAUCGUCGGCGUUGAGGGAAAUCCCCGUGGUGGUCAUGUCGUCGGAGAAAAUCGUCGCUCGUAUCGACCGAUGACGAACGUUUCAGUGAAUUAUGUGUUUUCUUUUGGAGACUAUCGUCACAUUGUAUAAAAAGAACAACGAACGCCCGACGUCUUCAACCUCUGUUCCGGUUUCUUCCUUUCUGCGGAAGGCGCCGGUGCUCCCUUUAAUGGCGAAACUGUCCCUUAAGAUGCUCCCUCCCUUCCGGGAUGAGUUCUGGUGGUACUUUCAUCUUCCCAUUGGGGACAGGGACCUCUCGAAUGGGCGGCGGCCGUCCGUUUUAUGGAAUGGCUGGACAACGGGAUUCAUAAUCUUUCGACUUUGGAGAUUAUUCAUUUCGGGUUCCGGACCCGGGAUUCUCGCUUGUAACUUGGCGGUUGGUCUGCCCCGUCUUGCGUCGCGGUACGGAACAUUGAGCCUCGAUUAUCGAUCCGUUCAGGGUCUUUCAGGUCGAAACUUCACAGUGUCAGGAGCAAUUGGCCUGUCCAGAAUCGAGAACUGUCCGGCGGAUCUUUUCCGGCCGCAUCUCGUCAACCAUCCUUUCAAAAAACUCACAAAGACUUUGAAAAAUUAUAAGUGCUUGGAGGAAGGGGCGGAGGACUUCAUAGUGAAGCCGUUGAAGCCCUCUGAUUUGAAGAGGUUGAAGGAUUAUCUGGUUGGGAAGAAGGUGGUGGAGCAAGUAGAAGAGGGGCAUCAAGCGCAGUCCCGCAAGAGGAAGCUGCCCUCCUCCCCAUUAUCACCAUCACCAUCGUCCUCAUCCUUACUGCCAUGCAAUGACCUUGACGUCAUUCCCCCUGCAUCACCCUCUUCGUCGCAGCCUCCACAGAAGCUGGCCAGACUAGACUCUCAGUCCGUAACUGUUGACUCCUUACUGGCGUAGAAAGAGAGAGGUACAGGGAGAGCCGUGAGCACUUCUCCCCCCUCUCUCUCUGUUUUAAUUUUGUGAUGGCAAUUUGAAGAUAUGUACAAGAAUCAUGUAAAAAGAAAAAUUAAGAUCUGUUCAUACGGAAUGAAUCAGAAAAGUCUUCUUUUCUGGAUA